AUGGCCGCGCUGCGCUUCGGGCCGCCCCCGGCGGAGCUGCCCGCGGUGCCGCCCUCCUGUCCGCCGGGCCGGUGGCUGUGCGGGACGGUCGGGGGCAGCGGGGGAGGGCCCGGGGCGGCCCCGGCGCCCCUUGUGGCGCCGCCGCCGGCGGCGGAGGGAGCUCCAUCAGCGCAACGUCGGAAACGGACGAGCUUCACGGCGGCGCAGCUGGAGACGCUGGAGCUGGUGUUCCAGGACACCAUGUACCCCGACAUCUACCUGCGAGAGCGGCUGGCCGACGCCACGCAGAUCCCUGAGUCUCGCAUCCAGGUCUGGUUCCAGAACCGCCGCGCCAAGUCUCGCCGGCAGCGGGGGCCGCCCCGGCCGGGUCCCCCCGCCCCGCCGCCCCAGCGCCCGCCGUGCGGCGCGGCCCCAAUGCUCCGCGCCCAGGAGGAGCGCCGAGAGUGGCCGCCUCGCGCCGCCGGCCCGCCCGGCCCAGUGCCGCGCCCGCACGCGGGGAGCGGAGGCGCCCCGGCCGGGCCCUACCCGCCCCGCCCCGCGUUCCCCCUCCCGGCCGGCGGCAGCUUCUCGGAGCCGGGAACGGAGUGGGAGGAGAACGCCCUCGGCGCCUUCCGAGCCCUCUGACGGCCGCCCGGCCCUGCCCUGCCCGCGCCUCUUGCACUUUAUCCCGGAGGGACUGCGCCUAUUUAUGACCGGGAGAUGGGGGCGGCUGCGCCGGUUGCCGGCACCGUGUUACAUUGUUUACAGCUUCUAUUUAACGCUUUUAAGCCAUCAAGCCGACCGAAUGCACUGUUCUAGGGAGGAUGGGGGUGGGGAGGGGACUGCUGUUACUUUUUGAGAGAGAAAAAUAAAUAAAAGUUCCCAU